AGAAACUUUUGUCCCGGCAGCCAAUCAGAUGGCGGUGAACUCGGGAGAGAGAGGUUUCUGCGCGGAGCUCCCACUCAGCCCGUGCUGUCAGUCCCGGUUCCAGCCGCUGCCAGACCGAAUAGGAGCAGAGGCGGUCCUCCUGCUGCAUCGGCUCUACCGGAGGAUGACACUCGCUGUCACACGUUAAGGACGGAUCUUCAUUAUUACUUAAGUCAAAUUCUGAGCCGGGAUUCUCUCGCGGCAGCGGAUGGCUAGCAUUUCGUCUGGUUUUACAAGGGCGGUGAAGCGAUGGGAUAUAUAAGCGUAGGAAACUAAAAGUCGGGACACGCACCGACUGAAGAGGAAAAAAAAAAGGCUGACAGCCGAAUUUUCAUUUCCUUAAAAGACAGCAGCGACAUUCUAAAACACAAAACAAAAGGGGAACAGUUUUCAGCGGCCGCUUUGGGAAGGCGGCUCGUAUCAUUUCUACCAGUGACAAAGGAGGGGUGCAGCAGCCGCGAUCGAAUUUAUUUAUGGACACGGCGGGCACGAACUGCGAGGCGCGUUUUAAUUCGGAUGAGAUUGAUCGCUGGCGAAGCGGAGAGGGACGAGGGCCAAAGCAUUGUCUCCAUCAGAAGACGGGAUAGAUGCACUUUGCGUAGAGAAGCGCAGCCAACUGGGAUGCCACGCGCUCAUCCGACGCCACUGCCUAGGAAUACAGACACGCCGCAAAAAUAAAGGAUAUAAAAUAUACGCAGGGUCUUUGUUUCUCUAGACCCCCACCCCUCUACACCCCACCCCUCGAGAUUACCCCGUAGCACAAACUAAAUAGUCAGGCGCUGCCCUGCGAUCUCAAAUUGAGGAAGUGGAAAUAUUAGCGGGUUAGUCAUUAAGCAGCCGAGCAUUACCGAAUGCAAUUGGAAAUGUGCAGCUGGCCAGGGGGUGUAAUACAUUAGGGGAAGGCCUGCAAAUUUGAAAAAUAUAUUUUAAUAAGAAAAACAUUACGCAUCCAAUCAGCAGAAAAAUACAAGUGUACCCAUCUCUUGCGUCCUGGUUCAUAUUUCAUCCUACACGGAGAGAGGCACGGUCUAGGACAAAACGGUGCUCGUAACAAGGCAGCGGAGAACUACCCCCCCAACCCCCACCCCCUUUUCGUCUGUUGAAUUCAGCCGAGAGCAGAGAGAGAGAGACAGAGGGAGAGAGAGAGAAAGAGAGAGAGAGGGGGUCCAGGGAACGAAAUCCGGGACGGAUCAAAGAAAAGGCAUAAAGAAGCACGUUUUGAUUCGAGUGCCUUUCAAGUGGAAUACAUUGGGACAGUCCUCAGUGUAAAAUCCUCAGACUGGUCACGCACGUCGGAUGAGGGGCUGAUAUAAAAAAAGAGCAAGCUGCACCCGAUUGUCUCACUUGGUGGGAUUCCGGAUGAACUGAAUGUUAAUAAGGGGGUACGGCAUUAAGUGCGGAGAGAUUUAUUAAAGCGGUACCCGCUGAUCCGAUCACACCCCCUAUAUCCCCUUCUUUUUUAUCCUGCUCCAGUGGCUGAUAGGUGAUACAUCUUGGUGUUAAUUUUAUUGUAUGACCAAUAAUAGGCGAACAGGUGCAAAGUGUAGCACAAGCACGAAAAGGAAGCACGAGGAAGAACGUUUCGGGCCCCCAUUUGGGAUCAUGGAGGGCGAUCGGGACAUGUAUCGGCAGUUUCAAGACUGGUGUCUCAGGACAUACGGCGAUUCGGGGAAGACGAAGACAGUGACCCGUAAAAAAUACGACCGGAUCGUGCAACUGCUCAACGGGUCGGAAUCCAGCUCCACGGACAACGCCAAGUUUAAAUUCUGGGUCAAGUCUAAAGGUUUCCAGCUUGGGCUUCCAGAGGAUAUCAGCGGAGGGGAGAAGCAAGUGCUGUACGUGCCAGUUAAAACCACGGAUGGUGUUGGAAUUGAUGAAAAGGUCUCCUUGAGGCAAGUUGCUGUAGUUGAAGACUUCUUUGACAUAAUUUAUUCCAUGCAUGUGGAAAAUGGAACAAAUGGAGAAAAGACGAGGAAACAUGCUGGACAAAAGAGAACAUAUAAGGCAAUUUCUGAGACCUAUGCCUUCCUACCAAGAGAAGCAGUGACACGUUUCCUAAUGAGCUGCUCUGAAUGCCAGAAGAGAAUGCAUUUAAAUCCAGAUGGGGCAGAUCAUAAAGAGAAUGGCAAGCCGCCCACUUUGGUGACCAGCAUGAUUGAUUACAACAUGCCCAUUACAAUGGCCUAUAUGAAGCACAUGAAGCUGCAGUUGCUGAACUCUCGCAACGAUGAGGAAGACAGCUCUUUGGAUAGUGAUGAGUUUGAUAUGAGUGACUCAACGCGGAUGUCAGCAGUGAACUCUGACCUUAGUUCUAACCUUGAGGAGAGAAUGAAUAGCCCUCAGAAUCUUCACAAUCAACAUGAUGAUGAUUCAGCUGCAGACAGCAUAAAUGGAAAUGAAACUAUGGCGUAUAACUCCAGCCUUACAAGAAGCAGCAAUGGGAGAGAGAUGGCGGAUGUUAAUAGCAACUGCAAAGGGACAUCGGAGCAAGACCAGCAGCCUUUGAACCUGAGUGACGGCUUGUUGACUUCUGAGUCCCACACAGAAAACCACACUGCCAAUGGCAGAAGCAAAUACAAAAACCUUCUACUCCCUGACCUGAAAACUGACCCCAAGGAAAAUGGAAGCAAGUCACCAGCACACAGCUACUCCAGUUGUGACUCAGGCAAGAACGAGAGUGUAGGGGGUGGAGCAGAAGACCUGUCUCUGACUCGUGGCGAUGAUGACGAUGAAGACUCUGAGAAGGCAAUGGAAGUCGAGGGAGUAGAGGCAGAACGGCUUAAAGCGUUUAAUAUGUUUGUCAGGCUGUUUGUAGAUGAAAACUUGGACCGCAUGGUCCCAAUAUCUAAGCAGCCCAAAGAAAAGAUCCAGGCUAUCAUUGACUCAUGUAGGCGACAAUUCCCUGAGUAUCAGGAACGCGCCCGGAAACGUAUUCGCACUUACCUGAAGUCCUGCAGGAGGAUGAAAAGAAAUGGUUUUGACGCGUCCCGACCUAUUCCUUCACACCUCACUUCAGCGGCAGCAGAGAACAUUUUGGCCUCAGCUUGCGAGAGUGAAAGCAGAAAUGCCGCAAAGAGGAUGCGUCUCGAAAGACCACAGGAUGAAUCUGCUUCUACUGAGAAACAGUAUAAACAAGAACCAGGCGAGGUCACUUUCCCGGUAUCAGCUGUUUCUUCUGCGCAGGAGGUGUUGUACAUCAAUGGUAAUGGAACCUACAGUUGCCAUAGUUACGGCGGGUUAGGGGGAGGACUGCUGAACCUCAAUGAAGCAUCUAGCAGUGGACCUACUGAUCUAAGUAUGAAGAGAACAACGGCACAGAAUUCAGGCCCCUCCAGCAGUUCAAGUUCCAGACCUCAGCUGAACGUCACUGAAAUCAAUGCAGUCAGGCAGCUUAUUGCUGGCUACAGAGAGUCAGCUGCAUUUCUCCUUCGCUCCGCUGAUGAACUUGAAAACCUGAUCUUACAGCAAAACUGAUCCCAAUGACCUCUGGACAGCACCACAUGAAGCAAAGACGGCUUCCUGUGAAGGGAAUUUGGCUUAUUUUUCUCGAUGCCUCUUCAUUGCACUGUAUCUGCUUAUGAAAACCCCUUUUUUUGGCUGCCAUAGAAAUAAUGUUGACCUUACACCCAAGCGCCCCCUUCCUCUGCAGUGUCAAAGAACACUGGCUGCUUUGAAUCAUUGACCUCUGGUAUUUCACAAGGUACCUCACCGCUUACGGAGUUACUUGCUUGAACUAUCAUUUAUCGGCAAAUCAAACUGAUUCAAAAAAAAAAAAAAAUUAACAAAUGCAAUGGACUUUUGUUUUGAUUGCUGUACUUUUUAUUAUUUGUUCUAUUGUCCGGAUUGAUUUUUUUCUUGUCUUAGGUGAAUGGGAUAAGAAUUUAAAUGAUAAUGUGAAUUAUGAAAUGAUCUGAUAUGGACAUGCAAUAUUAUUGCAGGGUGCUACUGACUGUUUUCUUAGACCUUUAACUGGAUAAUGAAACUUUUUAUAUAACAGUGUUUUAUUGCGUUAUUGUACAGUAGUGAUAAUGUGGGACCAACUAUGUGAAAAUCAAUCUUUUACUUAACCCUUUAAGGGCCGCUAUUUCUCAUAUGGUAGCUUUUCCAGCACAUAUACUGUUGAAUUUAAUAUUCAAUAUUAGAAAGAAAGAAAGAAAGAAAGAAAGAAAGAAAGAAAGAAAGAAAGAAAGAAAGAAAGAAAGAAAGAAAGAAAGAAAGAGAAAGAAGCACUCAGUUUUUAAAGAGGUUUGGAGAAAAUAUGUUUGAAUUAAAGGUCAUUGGUAGAACUUAUGUUUUAUCAAUUAGUGAUAAUACUGCAGCAAAGGCAGACAUGUUAAUGAAUGGUGAUUAUUAGUAUCUCUGAUUUUUUUCUUUCAUAAAUGCAAAAGAUAUGUUGACUCUGACUCUCACGGUAUAGUCCAUUUUCUUCAUAAUCAUUUACAUUAUGAUGAUAUUUUGGAAAUACAUUUCAGCAGAGUUUUCCAAUAUGGACAUAUUUAUUUUAAACACUGAGGUGGUGCCUUGAAAAUACUGAAAAGUGUAAAAAAAAUAACAAAGCAACAAG